AUGACUGAGAUAAUUAAAAACAGCGGAGGACAACUCAGGAGAAUCUUAAUCGAUAAAUAUGAUUGCUCUUAUGAGGAUUCUCUCACUUUGAUGCGUAGAAUUUGUGAAAAAUGUCCUUUGCUUGAAUAUUUGUCGCUUGCAUUUUCAUCAACAGAAGAAUAUUUCGUUGAAUUCGAAAGAUUAUUAAAGUUUUGUCAAAGGUUGAAAAGCUUAUUACUAUUAUAUAAAGCAAGUGCGAAUGAAAGGGAUGAACCCUAUUUAUAUUACGAAAAUUAUUGUGAUUCUGGAAAAAGAUUAUCAGAAGUAUUACUUAAAUCAGCACCAAACGAACUAAGAGAAAUUAGAUUUGAUAAAUAUGGUUUUAGAUUUUCUUUUGAUACCUUCAAGUCUUUUCUGGAAAAUUGGAGAGGUCGAGCUUCACUUUCCAUUGUAACAUCAGACUUUCUUUAUAAUAAAGAAGAGUAUAUGAGUGUAGUGGAAAAAUACAAGGAUGAAGGUGUGAUAAAGGACUUUAAAUAUGGGAUUAUUUAUUUUAGCGUAAAUUAG